AGAAAGAGGGAAGGAGGUGGAGGGGUGGGGUGGGGGUGAGGUGAGCAGGCCGGGCAGCGAUGGUGGGGCUGAAAAGGGCUGGAGGGCUGAGGGGGAGCCAGGAGGAGGAGCAGCAGCUGCCUGGAUCCCCCCUGGACCAGCCCUACGGAAGGAUUGAAGAUUGCUUGCCCCCUCUGGCCACCCCUUCCGCUAAGAGGUUUUCUCCAGCCAAACGGAAGCAAUAUUACAUUGACCAAGCCAUCCGCAACUCAGACCUCAUUCCCAAGGCUAAAGGGAAGAAGAGCCUCCAGCGCCUGGAGAACACACGUUACCUAAUGACCCUCCUUGAGCGGGAUGACUGCACCAGUGAAGAUGGAGAUCUUGCCCAUCCUGCCUCUCCCAGCAUUUUUACUGAGGCCUGCAACAAUGAGACUUAUAUGAAGAUCUGGAAUGAUUUCAUGAACCGGUCUGGGGAAGAACAAGAACGAGUCCUUCUGUAUUUAGAAGAGGAGGCUUCAAAAAAACCAAAAAACAAAUUGCCUGAUAAAACUGAGGGCAAAUGGAAAGAGCAUCUUCCAUUCACACCCAAAGACUGUUUUCAACGCAUCAGCCGACGCUUACGAACCACCCUGAAACGAAGUCGGAUUCCCAUGGAAACCCUGGAAGGUUUGGAGGAAGAGUUGCUGGCCUUUUUCUCCACUAACCCUCAAGCUGUCUACACAGCUAUGAUGGACAACAGGUUCAAACUACGAAGGCAAACGCCAAAUGAAGGUUAGCAACAAACGCACUGUCUUUUUGCCUCCUGAGCUGCUACUGUCCACCUACCUGGAGCAAAUGAGCUGAUACCAGCAGAAAAUGAUGUCCCUGUCCCACUCCCCGGGCCUGCUUUGGAGAUGUCUGCUUUCAUUGCUUUUCAGUACUCAACACCAAUCACAUUACACGGGGUUCGGUUCUCCCAUCUUCAUGCCAAACUUGCAGACUGAUAUCCUGUUCCGGAAUUGAGACCUUGAUGCCAUUCACAGGUUGUAUAUGGUUGCCUAGCAACUGUCCAUCUUUCCUCUUUGCUGCUUCAACACUUAGAAGGCCGCAAAGGUGGGAGUGGAAGCAGUUGUCUUAAAUCCAGAUAGGGAGAUCUGUUAACAUCCAGGCACCAUAAAACUACAAAUCCCAGCAUGACUUGCUUUUGGCCAUCUCCAAGCUGGGCCUUCUGACUGAGCAACUGAGGGAGGCCAAAGCAGGGAGGAGCCCCCACCCCAUAACAAAUAAUAGUUCAAAUAUUUUGUUUUGCUUAGGUUAUGAUAUGCUGCAGACCAAUCCCAUCAUCCCCAACCAUCACCAGCAAUUAUCUUGUUGGUUGGAGUGAUGGAGGCUGUAGUCCACCAUGAGUGUUUUGUGAAUAGAGAGCCGGUGUGUAAAUUGAAAUAAUGAGUAAACAGUGUGACAUAUUGACCAUAGCACAUUGGGGUGGGUGGAUUAUUGUAAUCAAUUUCUCAUGUCCAAAUAUUGCUUAAAAGGACUCACUUUUUCCAUGGGGGAUUAAUAUAAAUUCAGAAGUUCCUCACUUCCAAUUCCUUUAUCAUUUUAACCCUUAAAAACUCCACAAAAAUGUUAGGUCUUCGUUCUGAAAGAUUCAGCAACACUCAACUCAAAUGAGUAAAUAUGUCACAUUUCUCUCUGACAAGUUUAAAGUUUCUCCAGCAUGGAAGGAUUUAUAUUCCUUGCAGACAUCCCUUUAGAGGGUCGCUGAAGCACUUGGAGGUUUAUCUGUGUCCUC